AUGGAUUCAAACCGUUUGAUAAAUGAUAUCAAACAGCCUCUGUUGGAGCGCUCGGAUACACUUAAGUUCAAAAUUGGGGAAAUCCACCGUGCUUCUUGUUCAACUACCAUUGAAUCUGUGGUGGGAAGCCUUAAUGGGGUCAAGAGCGUUACAGUGUCACCCAUUCAUGGCCAAGCUGCCAUCGAUUAUAUACCAGAGCCCAUUGCAGUUGAUGAAUUUCCAGUUGAUGAAUUUCCAGAACAAGACAUUGCAGUAUGCCGGCUCAGGAUUAAAGGAAUGAUGUGCACCAGUUGCUCCGAGUCCGUUGAAUCUGCUCUUCGAAUGGUUGAUGGAGUGAAAAACGCAGUUGUUGGUCUAGCCCUUGAGGAAGCAAAGGUUUACUUUGAUCCAAACAUCACUGACGCCUGUUCGAUCAUGAAAGCAAUAGAAGAUGCUGGCUUUGGCUCUGAGCUCAUUAGCUCAGGGAAUGAUGUAAACAAAGUGCAUCUAAAACUUGAAGGAGUUAAUUCUCCUGAAGACAUGACCAUCAUCCAAUCCUCCCUUGAAUCAGUUGAGGGUGUAAAUAAUGUUGAAGUGGACGUGUUAGAAAAAAAGGUCACUAUUACCUAUGAUGCAGACCUCACUGGUCCAAGAUCUCUUAUACAUUGUAUUGAAGAAGCUGGAAGUAACCCCAAAUCAUACCAAGCAAGCUUGUAUGUUCCUCCUAGACGAAGAGAAGCUGAACAGCAGCUUGAGACUCAGAUGUACAGGAACCAGUUUUUCUUGAGCUGUCUAUUUUCAGUUCCUGUAUUUUUAUUCUCAAUGGUGCUUCCAAUGCUUUCUCCCUAUGGGGACUGGUUAAUGUACAAGAUUCACAACAUGCUCACUGUAGGAAUGCUUUUAAGUUGGAUUCUGUGCACACCCGUGCAGUUCAUUAUUGGAAGGAGGUUUUAUGUGGGAUCAUAUCAUGCUUUAAGACGUAGGUCAGCUAAUAUGGAUGUUCUUGUUGCACUGGGCACCAAUGUUGCUUAUUUCUACUCUGUCUAUAUAGCAAUGAAAGCAUUGGCUUUGGAUAAUUUUGAGGGGGAAGAUUUCUUUGAAACUAGUUCCAUGUUGAUAUCCUUUAUACUCUUAGGGAAGUACUUAGAAGUUCUAGCUAGAGGAAAAACAUCUGAUGCUUUAGCGAAGCUGACAGACCUUACUCCUGAAACGGCUUAUCUGCUAUCACUAGAUGCUGAUGGCAAUGCUAUCUCAGAGAUGGAAAUUAGCACUCAACUUAUUCAAAGAAAUGAUAUACUUAAGAUUGUUCCCGGGGCGAAAGUUCCUGUUGAUGGGAUUGUAAUUAGUGGUCAAAGCCAUGUGAACGAGAGUAUGAUCACAGGAGAGGCAAGGCCUAUUUCUAAAAGAUUAGGUGACAAGGUAAUUGGUGGCACCAUGAAUGAGAAUGGAUGCUUACAGGUUAAGGCAACCCAUGUUGGUUCAGAGACUGCGCUAUCCCAGAUAGUUCAACUUGUUGAAGCUGCACAGCUUUCCAGAGCACCUGUUCAGAAGCUAGCUGAUCAGAUCUCAAAGUUUUUUGUUCCAACAGUUGUGAUUGCAGCAUUUCUGACAUGGCUGGGUUGGUUCAUCCUGGGAGAAUUCGGUCUUUAUCCCAUAUCAUGGACACCAAAAGGCAUGGAUAGGUUUGAGCUGGCACUGCAGUUCGGCAUCUCAGUACUAGUGGUUGCAUGCCCUUGUGCUUUGGGAUUAGCAACACCUACAGCAGUCAUGGUUGCAACAGGGAAGGGUGCUACACAAGGUGUUCUUAUCAAGGGUGGAAAUGCACUUGAAAAGGCUCAUAAGGUGAAAACAGUUGUCUUUGAUAAGACAGGGACACUGACAGUUGGAAAACCGACAGUAGUCAGUGCUGUGCUAUUUUCCAAUUACUCAAUGGAGGAAUUCUGUACUGUGGCUACUGCUGCAGAGGCAAAUAGUGAACACCCAAUAGCAAAGUCUAUUGUGGAGCAUGCAAAGAGGUUUCUUAACAAGUUUGGGUCAACUGAACAUGUGGUGGAGGCUAAGGACUUUGAGGUACACACUGGAGCUGGUGUUAGUGGAAGAGUUGGUGACAAAAUGGUUUUGGUUGGGAACAAGAGGCUCAUGCGGAAAUAUAAUGUCCAGGUUGGUCCUGAGGUUGAGAAAUUUGUUUCAGAAAAUGAGAAACUGGCUCGAACAUGUGCGUUAGUUUCCAUUGAUGGAAAGGUUGCUGGGUCGUUUGCUGUAACUGAUCCAGUGAAGCCAGAGGCUGCAUGUGUAAUAUCUUAUCUCCACUCAAUGGGCAUUUCAAGCAUCAUGGUUACAGGUGAUAAUUGGGCAACAGCAGAAGCAAUUGCAAGGGAGGUUGGCAUCGAUAAGGUGUUUGCUGAGACCGAUCCCAUGGGAAAAGCUGAUAGAAUCAAAGAGUUACAGAACAAAGGAUUGACUGUGACUAUGGUGGGAGAUGGAAUCAAUGACUCACCAGCUUUGGCUGCAGCAGAUGUUGGCAUGGCAAUUGGCGCUGGCACCGAUGUAGCAAUAGAAGCUGCUGAUAUAGUUUUGAUGAAAAGCAAUUUGGAAGAUGUAGUUACAGCCAUAGAUCUCUCUAGAAAGACUAUGUCUCGAAUUUGGUUGAAUUAUGUCUGGGCCCUGGGAUACAACAUCCUUGGCAUGCCAGUUGCUGCGGGAAUCUUGUUCCCUUUCACUGGGAUCCGAUUACCACCUUGGCUUGCCGGUGCCUGUAUGGCUGCUUCAUCUGUUAGUGUGGUAUGUUCGUCUCUCUUGUUGCAGUCUUAUAAGAAGCCUUUGCAUUUUCAGAGCAUUAAGUCUGCGUGACGGUGUACAUCUGACUAGUUUUCAACCUCUGGUUGUUGCUUCCUUUCUCCAUUUUGCAGCAAUAAAUAUAUACAUGUACUCGUAAUCUGUAGUCUAGAUUUCUUUGCAUGAUAUUGUAUUUCAUCUAUCAUUUUUGGAGCUGAGAAACUAAUUAGCCAAAUAUUGAUGAUGUACAAAUCUAGAAUACACCGAGGUUGAUUGUUUAUAACCUUGGUUGAAGAAGAUUGUGAUCAGAAGAAUGUAGUUCAUAAGUUGUUGGCCCCAAUUGCAUAUAAACUUAGAAGUAUGCACCUUUUAUGUGAA